AUGCAAUCAGUGAAAGAAGUCUUGAUCAUACAAUUACAACAUCGUUGCGGAGACCAAAAACACCGCAAACCAUCCACAUUUCAAAUUAUACCCUCAACAUUUUUUCAACAAGAACUAAUUGUGAAUGAUAUUAGUGUAGCAGUUGUUUUUGCCAAUAUUGAUGCGAUCUAUAGAUAUCGCGAAGAGUUAACUUCAGUAGAGCUGGUUGGAGUAGAUGCCACGUAUAAAACUGUUCCUCAAGUGCCAGGGAACUUACGAUCUUUCCUAACAUUUCAAGUACUCUACAAAGGCAUUUCCAAUGGUCUAUGCCCUUUUAAGUAUUUACAUGGUUUCAUAAGUAUAAUACUCUCCAUAGACUUAAAUAAUUAUAUUUUAUUUGUAAACAAUUUUUAGAUAUUAAAACUAUCAGUUAAAUGUUAUAACGAUCUAAUAAAAAAUAUAAUACCAGUUUACAUCAAAUGUAAUUUCUGAUAUAAUUUUAUAU